AAAGUAAACCCACUUUCUACUCCACUCCUCUUCCCUCUUCUUCUUCUUAGGAAUUUCCAAAUUCUUCUCCUCCUAUUUCCGAUUGGAAUCUCACUACCUCACUCUCUCUGCCCCACCAAACACUCACAGUCACAGUCAAGGCAAAAAAAACAAAAAACAAAAAACAAAAAAAUCCCAAAUCGGUUUACUGUUCAAUCUUUGUCUCUGGGGGGAUAAACAUUGGGGAGGUGGUGGUGGCUGUACAACAAUCAACAAUUUCCAACCACCUAUGGAAUCUCCAAGGAACGCCGCAACGCUCGAAUCGGCCGAGAGAAUCAUACUCCGCUGGGACUCGACGGCGUCGGAGGAGGCCAGGGACCGCAUGAUCUUCGACGGCGACCGCCGCGAGAUCGACACCUACCUGACGGCCGUCGACGAGAUCCAGCGCUCCAUGGAGUCGACCGCGCUGGCCGACGACCAGAGCAAGGCCAGCUCCGCGAUACAGAUCGCCAUGGCCCGCCUCGAGGACGAGUUCCGGAACCUCCUGAUUUCCCACAUCGGUCCGAUCGAGCCGGAUUCCUGCGUCUUCGAUCCCAGCAACGUCUCCUCCUCCCGCCGAUCCUCCGCUUCCAGCAUCGACGGCUCUCGCUACUACAGCGAGGACGACGUCAGCAGGGAAUUCGAUGUUGUUCAGCGAGGUGCCGGAGAUGGAGAAGGAGAGGAUAGCUCUACUCCGAGCUAUCGAUCCACGAACAGCAUCCGAGAGAUCGAUUUGAUCCCGCCCGAGGCGAUAUCAGAUCUCAGGAGCAUCGCUGAGAGGAUGAUCUCGGCCGGAUACACCCGGGAGUGCGUCCAGGUGUACGGAAGCGUACGGAAGUCUGCGGUGGACGCGGGCUUUAAGAAGCUCGGGGUGGAGAAACUCAGCAUCGGGGACAUCCAGAGGCUGGAGUGGGAGGUUUUAGAGACCAAGAUCCGGAGGUGGAUACGAGCCGCCAAAGCCUGCGUCCGGAUCCUGUUCGCCAGCGAGAAAUCGCUGUGCCAGCAGAUAUUCGACAACAUAGGGACCGCAACUGACGAAGCAUGUUUUGUGGAGACGGUUAAGGGCCCCGCGAUCCAGCUGUUUAACUUCGCCGAGGCGAUCAGCAUCAGCCGCCGGUCGCCCGAGAAGCUGUUCAAGAUCUUGGAUCUGCACGACGCGCUGUCCAACUUGCUUCCGGAUAUCGAUGCCGUGUUUCAGUCGGAUUCGGCCGAGUCGAUCCGGGUUCAGGCGGCGGAGAUUCUGACCCGGUUGGCGGAGGCGGCGAGGGGGAUUCUGUCGGAGUUCGAAAACGCCGUGCUUCGCGACCCGUCUAAGGUUCCGGUUCCAGGAGGUACAAUUCACCCCUUGACUAGAUACGUUAUGAAUUACAUAAGCUUGAUAUCUGAUUACAAGCAAACCUUGAUUGAAUUGAAUGUAUCUAAGCCGUCGACGGGGUCGAGAUAUUCCGGCGAUCCGUCGAUCCCGGAUAUGGAUUUUGCUGAGCAGGAGGGGAGGUCCCCUUUAUCUCUGCAUUUGAUUUGGAUCAUUGUGAUCUUACAGUUCAAUUUGGAUGGGAAGUCUAAACUCUAUAAAGAUGACUCAAUAGGUCAUUUAUUCAUGAUGAACAAUGUUCAUUACAUUGUUCAGAAAAUUAAGGGUUCGCCGGAUCUUAGAGAAUUGAUCGGAGACGAUUUCCUAAAGAAGUUAACGGGCAAGUUCCAGCAGGCGGCCACUAGCUACCAGAGAUCGACUUGGGUUAGGGUUUUGUAUUGUUUGAGAGAUGAGGGGUUACAUGUGAGUGGUAGUUUCUCGUCGGGGGUUUCAAAGACUGCUUUGAGAGAGAGGUUUAAGGCAUUCAAUUCUAUUUUUGAUGAGGUUCACAGGAUUCAAGCCACAUGGCUGAUACCAGAUACCCAGCUCAGGGAAGAACUCCGGAUAUCAGUUUCAGAGAAGUUGAUUCCGGCUUACCGGUCAUUCUUAGGCCGGUUCAGGAGCCAUAUAGAAAGUGGGAGGCACCCUGAGACUUAUAUCAAGUACUCAGUUGAGGAUUUAGAAAGUGCGUUGUUGGAUUUCUUUGAGGGGUACCCAGUUUCGCAACACUUGAGGAGGAGAUCACAGUGAGGGGUUGGGGAAGAGUUUUACUGAGAUAGAAUCUAGGACCAAAUUCUUUGAAUUUUUGAUGGAGUGUUUGGGUGCAAGGUUCUGGUCGUUCUGGGAUUCCCUUAUCUGAAUUUCCUGCAGACACUGGAACAGAUCGAGUGAACGAGAUGAUUUAUUGCUCCCCAGAAUUACCCGAGUCGCUGAACUUGAAUGCUUCUUCGCUGUUGUCGUUUCAUUUGUUACUACAUUCUGGCUUUUGUUUUUUGGUUCAUUUGUUCAUAGGGGAAUUGUUGUAUGUUGUACACUCUAAUAUCUAGUAGAAACGAAGGAACAAGCAUUUGACAGUAGUUCCUAUGGUCUCAAGUGCUUUAGAAGGUGUCAAACUGAUGAGUUUUGGGAGAGUUGAUUUGUACAAGUACUGUAAUAAAGAAACAACAAUUCUCAAAUCGCAACUAGGUUGGGUCUUGUUUUUGAGUA